AUGAUGCUGGGUGGGCUCCUGCUCCAGCUGCUCCUCACCACGGCGCUGUUCCCCAGCAUCAUUGGGACAGUCUCAGUGCAGAACCUGCACCUCUGCGAGGGCUACGUUGGCCGUGACGGCCGCUCCCACCCUGGCUUCUACUGCCCACGGCUGACUGACCCCCCCGGCUACCGCUACUGCUGCCAGCCCAGCCCGCGCGCCCUCAAGUCCUGCUGCUCCCAGCUGGCCCUGGAGGCCCUCACCGGGGUGAACCUCUCCAGCCUGGCCAGCCCUGAGCUACUCCGGAACCCACUGGCCUUGCCCUUCGUUGGGCUCUACGGGCUCCUUGUCCUGCUGCUCAUGGCCAUCGACCUCUGCCACUUCUACUGGACCCGACGCUGCCACCUCGGCCGCCUCCUGCCCUGCGCCCGCUGCCCACCCUGCAGACCCCGGGGAGGGCACCUGCCCCGUGCCCAGCCUUCCCACGGUGCCCCCAGCCUGAGCCCCAGCCGGGGCUGUUGA